UCAGAGCGACACCUCAAACAAAGAGGCGCCGCCACAGAACAGGGUCACGUGGUAAUCAUUAUACGCGGGAAAUGCAGAUGUCAAGCGGAGUCACGACCCGCCACCGUGAAAUUGUUCUGGGAUCAUCUCACCUUCGCUCCGCCACCCGAGCUUUGCACGUUUCCUGCCGAAUCUUGUCUGGCCUGCUGUGUCCACAGACGAGUUCACACGUUGCACCCAGACUAUCGGACAUCAGCACAUCAAAAUCAGUGGGUAUAAAGAGACCAUGACUUCCACAUUUCUGCAUCCCGCAACCACCUUCCCCAGCUUCGCAUAUUUACGCUCACCUUCUAGUGUCGACUGGCAUGGCCAUUACUAUUAGAGAGGCUCUCGACAAGCUGGACGACCGCCGCGUACGAAACAUCCGCCCUUUGAUCCCCCCGCAAAUUCUGCAGGAGGAUCUUCCUCUGACACUGAACGCUGUCCAGACCGUUCUGGAAGGGCGGAAGGCGACAGAGAACAUCCUCCACUCAAAGGAUGACCGACUUCUAGUCGUGGUGGGCCCAUGCUCUGUCCACAACGUCGAGUCGGCGAUGCAAUAUGCGCGACUGCUCCGCGUAUACGCUGAGGAGGCGAAGGAUGAUCUCCACAUCAUCAUGCGGGUCUACUUCGAGAAGCCCCGUACCACCGUCGGGUGGAAGGGACUCAUCAACGAUCCGGACAUGGACGGCACCUUCCAGAUCAACAGAGGGCUUCGCAUCGCUCGUACCUUGCUCCUUGACAUUGCGAAGCUCGGACUUCCGGCAGGCUGCGAGUUCUUGGAUACCAUCAGUCCGCAAUACACAGCAGAUCUCGUGUCCUGGGGCGCUAUUGGGGCGCGGACGACGGAGUCCCAGGUGCACCGGGAGCUCACCUCGGUUCUGUCUAUGCCAACGGGGUUCAAGAACUCGACCGACGGCAGCGUCGGCAUUGCCAUCGAUGCUUGCAGAGCAGCCAGCCAACCGCACGUCUUCCUGAGUGUGGGAAAGGAAGGUCUGAGCAGCAUUGUGGAGACGUUGGGCAACCCGGACGUGCACGUAAUUCUCCGUGGUGGGGCAAGCGGUCCCAACUAUGCAGCCGAGUAUGUCCGCGAUUGUGGGGCUAAACUCGCCAAGGCAGGCUUCGCGCAAAAGAUCAUGAUUGACUGCAGCCAUGGGAACAGUCAGAAGCAGCACAAACGCCAGAUCGACGUUGCGGAAGAUAUUGCACAACAGCUGGAAUCUGGGGAAACUUCUGAGAUGAUUAUGGGCGUCAUGAUCGAGUCUAACCUUGUGGAGGGUCGCCAGGACAUUCCCGUAUCUGGACCCGCCGGUUUGAUAUACGGCCAGUCGGUGACUGAUGCAUGCCUCUCAUGGGAGCAGACGGUCCCGGCUCUGGAACGCCUCCGCGAGGGUGUUCGCGGCCGUAGGGCUUUGGUUCGGAAUAGGUCGAGGGGUGCAAGCUUCAGUGCUACGAAAGCGAACGGUGUCAAUGGCGUCAAGGCCAAUGGGAUCGUCGUGCCUGAGCUCGCCAAAGUGAACGGCACGAACGGCGUGACGGCGUGAACUCGAUGUACCAAAAUAAUCAUCGCUGUAUCAGUGUCUUGUUAGAGUAGAUAGUCUUGUACGCUGGAUCAGAGUAGCUUUACUGCA